AUGACAUCCCGGAGUCCCUCCACACGGCUUUCUGUGAUAUCCGGCCAUAUUGAGACCAAGCAAGCAACGGCAACUAAGAUGACGGCGAAAGUGCAAGUGCCAGAUCAACUGCCUUGGGAUCCUAAUUGCACCGAUUUUCCGGUGCGAAAGGAUCUCCCUCAUUUACCUAAUGCCCCCGAGGGCGCAGCAUGGGUAUGGGGUGAAGAUGAUCAGCUCGGCAGGUUGAACCUUUUGACACCAGAACGUGUGAAGGCAUCGGCGGCGGAGAUCAUGACUGGAGAGAUGGUGCGGUUGGAUCUACCCUUGAAUGUGCCUGAAAAGCCCGCAUUCAAUCGCGAAACCUUCCAGCAUAGCAUCAAGACAAUCGCUGAAGAUAUAUCUUACGACGACUGCUAUUCUCUAAACACGCAAAGUGGUACACAAUGGGAUGGAUUCAGACAUUUCUCCCACAUCCCUUCGAAGCUUUUUUAUAAUAGGGCUACCAGUAAGGAUUUCCUUGGUGAUGACACAACUCUUCGCUGCAGCAUUCACCAUUGGGCGUCACACGGCAUUGCCGGGCGUGGCGUACUUCUAGAUUACCGCCACUACGCCCUCACACACAACAAGCCUUAUGACCCAUAUUCGUCUCACGCAAUCACCCUGGAGGAUCUGAAAGCAUGUGCUUCCUCCCAAGGCCUUGACAUACGACCAGAAUCUCAAGGGGGUGAUAUCCGUGUUGGGGAUAUCCUACUAAUUCGCUCCGGCUUUGUCGAACAGUACGACCAGCUCAGUCCCUCAGAGCGCUUCGCCGCGGCCACACGGUCCCACGAUGACCUUGCAUUUGCUGGCGUAUCACGAGAGCAACCCAUACGUGACUGGCUUCACGAUUGCUAUUUUGCGGGCGUGACUGGUGAUUCUCCGACAUUCGAGGUGUGGCCUGUCCCGCAGAUGGAUUUCUUACAUCAGAGUCUUUUGGCGCUCUGGGGUUGUCCGAUUGGCGAAAUGUGGGACUUAGAAAAGCUGGCUAAGAAGUGUCGGGAGCGUGGAAAAUGGACUUUCUUCAUGACAAGUGCCCCUGCAAACAUGCCGGGCGGGGUUGGUUCGCACGCGAAUGCAACUGCUAUCUUGUGA